AUGCCUUCCACUCCGCCGCCGCCGCCCGAAAACCCUCACCCAAGCCCGCCCUCCCCAACAGCUUCCUUCUACGAUAUGAGUGACGACGAGGAAGGCGAGUACAAUACUAUCCGCCACACCAGCAGUGGGAGCGGCGUGAAGCUGUUGUACUCGAAAAGCAAGGUUUACGUUCACCCCACGCCAUCUGCGAAAGACAACAUCCCUGGCUUUAUCGCCCUUGUCCAGCAGAGGUCGCCGGCCACCCACGAUGCCCGCCCUACGUCAUCGUCAUCCUCCACUUCCGUUGCCGCAUCCUCCCUUCUUCUGUCUUGGAUUCCCGAAUCCGCGCUUGGUGAUGCCUAUGAUACAUACGUAAAAGUCGACCUCUCGGACUCCUCGUCCCCGCCGAAACAGUCCUAUCUCGUCCCCCCGCCACCAACCACAACGACCCACAGCAGUGCUAUUGGGACAUAUGCUUUCGCCGUACCAGUUAGUGAAAUAUUCUCGUUACUCGUGCGGCCACCAAGCAUAGGAUGGUGGUUCGGCAGCGUGGUCAUCAACACUCGCGCGGGCGACAGCUUCCCUGCCCUGUUUUUCCACGAUAGCGAAUGCCAGUCCACAAUUAUGCAGCGCAAGAAACUGGCGCGGGAGAGUUUCGAUCCCUUCGGAGAUGGUGGUGGGAUGUUCUGGGGAGGCGACGAAGUCCUGAGGUGGCUGAAGCGCUACGUGAGGGUUGUCCGUUCUGCUGCCGAACCCAGUGUCUAUCUCAUUGAGCCUAGCGAGGAGGACCUGCUGUCGUUCGGCCAAAAGCCGACAACUGUGAAGACAGACAAGAGUCCACCUGGCUCAUCAGGCGAAGGGUCUUCCUCAAAAGCGGCUGCUGGCAAGAAGAGAGAUGGUGGUAUGGAUCCGCUCAUGUCAGCCGUCAACCAGGCAAAGUGGACUUUUCUGGAAAAAAUGAGCCAGGUCACCACCUUCACCCGGCGGACAGCGCAGGCCGUUGCCGAGAAUCCCAAACUCCCCCCGCAGAUCAAACAUCUGUUGAAGAGUCCCGAAGUCGAAAGGUUGCAAGAGGAAUUCGACAGUGCCAGAAUCUAUCUCGCUCGAUGGGCAAUGAGCAUUGCAGAGCAGAGUGAGAAAGAGCGGAAGCAGAGGAUCUGGACUGCACAGGAUGUUUUGGAGAUGGAAGACAGCGCGGUUGGGGAGUUUGAGAUCCUGGAAAUGGAGGCAGGCAACAUGUCGCUCAGCGACCGGAGGAAGCCUGUUACUAUCGAAGAGUGGAAGGGCUUCUUCGACACACAGAGCGGAACUCUACUGGUUACUCCAGAUGAAGUCAAGGAGCGAAUCUUUCAUGGUGGCCUCGAUCCUGACGACGGCGUCAGGAAGGAGGCCUGGCUUUUCCUACUGGAAGUCUACGAAUGGGAUAGCACUUCUGAGGAACGGCAAGCUAAACUGAACAGUUUGCGAGACGAAUACAUUCGCCUUAAAGGCGCGUGGUGGGAGCGUAUGGUAGAAGGCCAGAACACACAAGAGGAAUCCGAAUGGUUCCGGGAGCAGAAGAUCCGGAUAGACCGCAAUAUCGACGUCUUCGCAGGCGAGGACAUCCCCCAUCCCGAUCCCGACUCUCCUUUCGCGGACGUUGGGACCAAUGUUCAUCUCGAGCAGAUGAAGGACAUGCUUCUUACUUACAACGAGUACAACAAGGACCUUGGGUACGUUCAGGGGAUGAGCGACCUGUUGGCUCCGAUUUACGCUGUCAUGCAAGAUGAUGCGGUCGCAUUUUGGGGCUUUGUCGGAUUCAUGGAGCGCAUGGAGCGGAAUUUCCUCAGAGACCAAUCCGGCAUGAGAAAGCAGCUUCUCACGCUGGACCAGCUCGUGCAGCUCCUCGAUCCCAAGUUAUAUCUGCACCUGCAAUCAGCGGAUAGCACCAACUUUUUCUUCUUCUUCCGCAUGUUGCUUGUCUGGUACAAGCGCGAAUUUGAAUGGCAGGACGUCCUACGCCUAUGGGAGGGUCUGUGGACGGAUUUCCUCUCUGGUAACUUCCACUUGUUCAUCGCUCUCGCUAUCCUGGAAAAACAUCGCGAUGUCAUCAUGGAACACUUGACGGCUUUCGAUGAGGUGUUAAAGUACGUCAAUGAGCUUUCGGGCACAAUCGACCUCCAGUCGACUCUGAUCCGCGCUGAGGCACUAUUCCGCCGCUUCCAACGCACUGUUGAAGCCGUCGACCGUAAAAAUAAGGACAGUAGCCUGCCUGUACCAUCGAACGUCCGUCGGCGCAACCCUGCACCCGCUCCGGCUCCUGCAUUUGAUUUCAACCCAUUCGGUCGCAUUGCAGCCCUAAACGCACAGCGUAAUGGCAACAGUGCGAACGGUACUGCUACUGCAUCGGGCAGCUCUGCAGGUCAGGCUAACAACCAGAACGGCAAGAGCAAAUCGACAAGUACGGAAGAGGAGGAUGAGAGACCAAAGGUGAUUACGGAUGAACUGAGAGAACUUUUGAGCCGGAAAGUUCCAAAGCUGGACAAGAAGCAGAACACGGAAGGGGCUCUGCAUAGGUAUCCCUCAAGGGAACCAUGA